UGUACUCGUAGGUCAGAUUCAUAGGGUUGGAUAUGUUUGUAGAAUAAGAAGUUAGCUCUUAGUAUGAAAAAUUAUCGCGCUAAGAUGGCAGCCACUGAUAGUGGACAAGUAAGAUUUAGUGGUCACACGUUGGAUAAGGUGAACAAGGCAAAGUUGCACCUUGAGAAUUAUUAUUCCAACUUCUUGUCACAACAAAUGGAAAGGAGAAACAGACAAGAAAGGCUGGAAGAAUCGAUGAAUGAAAAUGGACUAACAGAGAAAGAGAAAAAUGAAAAGAGAAUACAACAUGCUAUAAAGGAGUCAGAAUUUCUGCGUCUGAGGAGAUCCAGACUUGGAGUUGAAGAUUUUGAACCUCUGAAGGUGAUUGGUCGUGGUGCUUUUGGAGAGGUACGUCUUGUACAAAAGAAAGAUACAGGUCAUGUUUAUGCAAUGAAGAUUUUGCGGAAAGAAGACAUGUUGGAGAAAGAACAGGUAGCUCAUGUACGAGCUGAACGUGACAUUUUGGUACAAGCAGACUAUCAGUGGGUUGUGAAGAUGUAUUACAGCUUUCAAGAUAUGUAUAAUCUCUAUCUCAUAAUGGAGUUUUUGCCUGGAGGGGACAUGAUGACCUUACUGAUGAAAAGAGACACAUUAUCAGAAGAAUGUACUCAAUUUUACAUAGCAGAAACUGCAAUAGCCAUCGAUUACAUCCACAAAUUAGGGUUUAUUCAUAGGGACAUUAAGCCAGACAACUUAUUGCUAGAUGCUAAGGGUCAUGUCAAGUUGUCAGACUUUGGAUUGUGCACAGGUCUAAAGAAAUCUCACAGAACUGAGUUUUAUAGGAAUCUCUCUGAAACCAGUCCUAUCAAUUUCAUAUCAAGUCCAAUGAAUUCUAGAAGAAAAGCAGAAAGCUGGAAAAGAAAUCGGAGACAUUUGGCCUAUUCCACUGUAGGUACACCAGACUAUAUUGCACCUGAAGUAUUCACUAGAGCAGGUUACAACAGUUCCUGUGAUUGGUGGUCUCUGGGUGUUAUCAUGUAUGAAAUGUUAAUAGGUUAUCCACCAUUUUGUUCUGAUACUCCACAAGAAACAUAUAGGAAAGUAAUAAACUGGAAAGAAACUUUGAUGUUUCCACCAGAAGUACCCAUCUCCAGUGAGCCAAAAGAUCUGAUCCAAAGGUUUUGUUGUGAAGUGGAAAGAAGAAUGGGUAGUAGAGGAGAGCUAGAGGAAGUGAAGGAACAUCAUUUUUUCAAGGGAGUAGAUUGGGAACACAUUAGAGAACGACCAGCAGCUAUACUUGUAGAAAUCAAGAGCAUUGAUGAUACUUCUAACUUUGAUGAGUUUCCUGAUGUAGACUUACAAAUCCCAUCAGCACCAAGUUUCAUGGAAGAUCCACAGAAGGGGAAAGACUGGGUCUUUGUUAACUAUAGCUUCAGAAGGUUUGAGGGGCUUACUCAGCGUUACAGGAAUAUAAAGAAAAGCUAGUGUAGCUAGUGUCAGUUAGCCUCAACACUGAGUCGUUUGAGGAAUGAUUAAUGAAAUAAGUUUCACAUGAUUAAUACCUUGUGUGCAAACAUAAUUUGGUCAUUAUUACUGUUAGUAAGUCAAAGUGUUGUAAAAUUAAAACAUGUACAUUAUCUGUCAUCAUUUUCAUAAUCUUAUGGUGUAAUCUGUCACAGAGUACUUUUUUUUUCAUUUCCUGGCAAUUUAAUAAGAAUAAAGAUAUAUCUUAAAUAAUUUCUUUUAUAAUUUUUAACAAUACAUUAGAUUUACUCUAAUUAAAUACCUAAUUUCUAUUGUAGUCAGGUGGUUGGCUUUUAUGGAUAUCCAGUCACAUAAUGUUAUCAUUAAGUUGCUGGUGUUAACAUUGUUGUAAGAAAACUAUUAAUUAUGGUGACUUAAGGUAGAUGAGCCUCUUUGUGACAGCAUACAUUUUAGUCAUACAUGUACAUGUAUUUGAGCUAUGUGGAUACAUAUAAUUGUUUGGAUCACCUAGCUAAGUCAGAAACUAAGUUCCAUGAUUGAAUAAAUAAUAAUUAUAAAUUUAAUCAUUUCUAGAUACAAGUUUUUAUCAUAUCAGUAUCUUUAUAGUAUAGGUGUUAAUUAUAUACUUAAUUGUGCAUUAGAAUUGAUUAUCAACAGCAGUUUCUUGUUGUAAUGAUCAUUUAGUUUAUUUGUAUCAUUACUGAUAAGACUGUAGCUUUCAUUUAGAGAUAUGGAUUAGUAUAUUGUUUUAGUCUGUAAUACUUCAAAUGUAAUCAUGAUUAGCUGUGAAGUAAAGUCUUCAGGAUAAUUACGUGACAAUUAAAAAGAGUCUAGCUAUGUUUCAAACUUACACUAAUAUUGUGGUUUCUCAGUUUUAUUUGCAAAGAAAUUAACAGCACAUGAUAUAAUAUAAUAGGGUAUACUUCUGAUGAAUUCUAGAAUAUAAAAAUAUUUAAACUUAAGAUUCUAAACAGGAUAUUUUAUAAACGUCUUGAUCAUAAAUAGUACAUUUUUUACUAUCUUCUCAUACAGUUCAAAACACAGGAACAGAUGCAUUAACUUUUUAUUUGUUAGGCUUGAAACAAACAAAAUUUCAUUUGAAAAAUCUCUUUUAAAAUGGGAUUUUGAAAUAAAUAAAUACAGUAUAUAUAAAACGUCAACAUUUUUAGUGCAUUUAUAAGCCCAUGAGUUGUGUAAUUGGUAAUAUAUUAGGAGUAAAUAACUUUCACAGAAAAGGUUAAAAAUUUGUAAUAAUUUGAAUGAUAAAAGGUUCUUUUUUCAUAUUCUUGUUUUUUAACUUGCUUUGCUAUUUACAAUUAAAACUUGAGGGUUACUUCCAUUGGUUCCUAUUUCUCAUGAAGAUUUGGUGUAUUACUAGUAAUGUAUUAAUGCCUAGUGUUUUGCCCCUAAUGAUAGCAAAAAAAAUAUUCCAUUGUUCAAUUUAAUGGUAAAUCCUUAAUAAUGUGUAGGAUAAUUUCGUUUGUUUGGUGUUUUCAUUAACAAAAGGGCAUCAUAUACAACAUAAAUGUUGUUGCCUUGGUGCUAAAUAUAAGGAGUUUUGGGAGUUACCUUGUGAGUCUUUUGC